CUAAAAAAAAUAUAAAGCAAGUGCUAACGCUGCGGCAGCGAAGCUUACGGCAACGCCAGCGCCGACAGCGGCAGAGACAUCGGCUGGGAACAGACGUGAGCUUGGAGCGUUCCAUUUAAAUCAGAACGGUAGAACGGUAGAUCGGUUACGGGAGCGACAGAGACGCUGGCGGAGACGGAACGACGGAGGCGGAGACGGAGACGGAAAGACGGACGUCACCGUUAACAAAAAGUGUCAACCGAGUGCCUGCAGCGCUUCAAUUCAGCGCGCGCCGCUUAACGGUAACGGUCCUGUUCCGCGAUCGCUGGCGAAUUUUCUCUCAACCAAUAAAAGUUAAAAAAAAAAACAACUAAUUCAAGGAAUAACAACGCAACAAUCAACAGCCAUUUUUUUUCUUAAUUUUAGAGCGAAUCCUCGACGAUAAUGUCGCCGAAUCGCUGGAUCCUGCUUUUGAUUUUCUAUAUAUCCUAUUUGAUGUUCGGGGCUGCCAUCUACUACCACAUCGAACACGGCGAGGAGAAGGAAGCCAGGGCCGAGGAGCUGAAGGAGCGCAUCGAGAUCAACGCCUAUUUGCUGGAAGAACUGUCCGACAAAAACACGAGCACACAGAAUGAGAUUCUGGAGAGGAUUUCGGACUACUGCGGCAAGCCGGUGACGGACUAUACGAAGGACGAGUACGAGAUUCCGUACACAUGGACAUUCUACCACGCCUUCUUUUUCGCCUUCACCGUGUGCUCCACGGUGGGUUACGGAAACAUUUCCCCUACCACCUUCGCCGGACGGAUGAUCAUGAUUGCCUAUUCCGUGAUCGGCAUUCCCGUCAACGGAAUCCUCUUCGCCGGGUUGGGCGAGUAUUUCGGAAGAACGUUCGAGGCCAUCUACCGCCGUUAUAAGAAGUACAAAAUGUCAACGGAUAUGCAUUACGUGCCGCCACAGUUGGGGCUGAUCACCACCGUGGUUAUAGCCCUGAUUCCCGGUAUAGCCCUGUUUCUCCUUCUGCCCUCCUGGGUCUUCACGUACUUUGAGAACUGGCCCUAUUCGAUUUCGCUUUACUACAGCUAUGUGACCACAACCACGAUAGGAUUUGGAGACUAUGUACCCACCUUUGGACCUAACCAGCCUCGUGAGUUUGGCGGCUGGUUUGUGGUUUACCAAAUCUUUGUGAUCAUCUGGUUCAUAUUCUCCCUCGGCUACCUGGUCAUGAUUAUGACAUUCAUCACCCGGGGACUUCAGAGCAAGAAACUGGCCUAUUUGGAGCAACAGCUGUCCUCCAACCUGAAGGCCACCCAGAACCGCAUCUGGACGGGUGUCACCAAGGACGUUGGCUACCUGCGGCGCAUGCUCAACGAGCUGUAUAUCCUGAAAGUUAAGUUUUGUCGAAAGAGAAAUAGAAAAAAACCGAAAAAUAAGGCUAAGAUUGAGCAGAAGAAGAAGAUUAAACUGCAUAUCGCCUACACCCUGCCGCGCUCCAACUCGUGUCCGGACCUGAGCAUGUACCGCCUGGAGCCGGCGCCCAUGCCCAGCCGGAAGCGGGCCUUCUCCGUGUGCGCCGACCUGGCGGAGGCCCAGAAGGCCGGCCUGGUCCACGCCAGCUCCGACACGGAGCUGAGCAAGCUGGACAGGGAGAAGACGUUCGAGACGGCGGAGGCGUACCGCCAGACCACGGAUCUCCUCGCCAAGGUGGUCAGUGCCCUGGCCACCGUGAAGCCCCCGCCGGCGGAUGCCGACGAUGCAGCGUUGUACGGCGGCUACCACGGCUUCUCCGAUUCGCAAAUCCUGGCCAGUGAAUGGUCAUUCUCCACGGUAAAUGAGUUCAGUACGCCGCGACGUCCCAGGCCGAGGGCCUGCUCCGACUUCAACCUGGAGCCCCCGCACUGGCAGAGCGAGCGUCCCCUAAGAUCGGGGCACAACGAGUGGACCUGGAGCGGGGACAACCAGCAAAUCCAGGAGGCCUUCAACCAGCGGUACAAGGACGCGGUGGUGCCGCGCCUCCAGGAGGAGGAGACUUUCGAGGAUCAGCUAAAGAAGCCGGCCAAAAAGUUCUCCAUGCCGGACGGACUACGCCGUCUGUUUCCAUUCCAGAAGAAGCGUCCUUCGCAGGACGUGGAGCGAAAGUUGUCAGUGGUUUCGGUGCCGGAGGGUGUGCCAAGACCGCCAUUGGAUUAUCACAGCAACACCGUAACGGCUGCCUCCAGUCAGUCGUAUCUCAGGAACGGCCGUGGUCCGCCGCCACCGUUUGCCGCCUCCAACGGCAGCCUUGCCAGCGGCGGCGGAAUCACCAACUUGGGCUUCCAGCUGGAGGAGGGACAGGCCACGCCACCGGUAACAGGCGCCUAUCAACGCCGCGCCACCCCGGGCAAGCGCCGCCGGGAGAGCAUCUACACCCAGAACCCCGCCAUUUCCGCCCGCCGCGGCAGCAUGUAUCCGCCCACGGCUCAGGCCCUGGCGCAGAUGCAGAUGCGCCGCGGCAGUCUGGCCACCAGCGGCUCCGGUUCCGCCGCCAUGGCUGCGGUAGCCGCCCGCCGGGGUAGCCUCUUCCCGGCCACUGCCGCCUCUGCUACUUCGAUGACUUCCAACACCACGCCUCGCAGGAGCAGCAUCUUUUCGGUCACCUCUGACAAGGACAUGAAUGUCCUGGAGCAGACCACCAUUGCGGAUUUGAUUCGGGCACUGGAAGUGGUCCACACCCACGCCGUCUUGGACGAACAACAGCAGGCUGCGGCGGCCGGAGGUGGAGGGUCCAACACUAAGGGAGGACGCAAGCAGCGGAAGAUGGGCAAUGCCGGGCUGGACCCACCUCAGUUGCCGCCCAUACUGUCACUAUUCGCCGGAGAUCAGACCAGGAACCUACAAAUGGCAGCCACCAAUCGCUUAUAUGCGCGCCGGUCCACCAUUGUGGGCACCAUGUCCCCCUUGGCGGGAGGAGGCGGAGCUGGUGCAUCCGGAGGAGCAGCAGUAGGAGGGGCAGCAGGAGCCUCUGCUGUGCGCUCUCUUCUGGAGCCUCCUCCAAGUUAUACAGAGAGGGCUGAGCCAGCAAAUGUCACAUCAACUCCAGUGGCCAAUCCGGUGGGACAAAGCAAAUUCCGGCGUCGCUUCAGUGUUCGACCCACGGCUUUGCAGAUUCCCCCGGGUCAGGCACCACCGCCUGGUGUCAGCCUAUCGGAGACAUCCUCGUCACAAACCGCCCUGCAGAGGCGUCUGUCGCUGAGACCUUCGCCUUUGGCCAGAGAACUGUCCCCCACAUCGCCGCCCGCCGGAGGCAGUGCAGGCACAAGUGGCGGCGUCGAGGAGACGGGAGCACAGCGUCUGCUACCUUUGCCUGCCGGCACCAGACCCAGCACCAGUAGCACCCAUUCACCGCUCUCCAGGAUUGUCCAGAUCUCGCAGGCUCAAAGGAAGAGCAGCAUGCCCAGCUCAGGAGUGGGCCCAGCAGGAGGAGCUGGUUCGGGAUCCGGAGCGGGACCAGGACCUGGACCAAGUCCUGCCGGCGAAAAGUAGUCCUUCAGCUUCUACCAAGUCCAUACAUUUUUUUUGCUAGUUAUAUAAAAAGAAUUACUCUACGUCUCUCUUCCAUUUAUUAUUAUUGCAUCUACCAUAUAUUAACUAUUUCUACAAUAUAUUUAUGUAUAUCUGCCAAAAGUCCUUUAGGUUUAAAGAUAAUUCUAUCCAGUUAUCGUAGUGUUAUGUAUUAUUAAUGCUGUCUCCCUCUAAUCUACUACUGUUAUCCUGUAUUUAUAUCUGCUGUAUCUCCUUAUCUAUUCCACCAAUCCUGUAUUGCUAAGAAGGGGCUUAUAUGAACAAAAUCGAAGCAUUCAUUCUAAUAUUCCACUUUACCUGAGGUGGCUAAGUUUUCAUUUAGCACUUCUUUCCUUCUUCAUCCCUAAUAAUGUUAUAUUAUAAAGAUUAUAAUAAAAACGAUUUAUAUAACAAGA